AGAGAGAGACGUUUUUUAUUGAUUUGUUUUUUUUUCAUCCUCGCGCUCGUAUACGCGCUCAUUGUGGUCCAAAGUGAUGUUUAGCUGUUGUAUAAAACCACAUUUAGUGGGUGGAUCGACCAAUGCUUUGCUCAUCCAUUCCCAUUUCCCACCGCCUCGGUGUGUGAGAGACGCGUGUGUGAGCAUCCUGUGACACUCUGAUAGUGGCAGAUGGUGAAGCCUGGCAAAGGAUUGGACACACUCACUCAGCCGUUCCCUCACUGAAGUCUGAAAAGCACGCUCUGUAUUCAUUUUAAUGAAAAUAUUUGACUAGUGCGCUUCGAUGGAGGCUGAAGGUGAUGCAAAUUCUGCCAGGGAGAGUGGAGAUGUUCAGUCGGGUGAAACGUGCUUGGUUCAGAGCAGCACAGAGGAACAGCUCUCUGAGCUGGGAGAGGAGACCGAGAUGUGGCGGAACGACAUGUUUUCUCAGCAUGUCCCAGCGAAGGACGAAGGAUUCAGUGUACGGGGUUCCAAAAGCGCUGGGGACAUUGGAUAUGCUGAAGAUGAUUCUAUACUUCUGAACAGUCAAAGUUCGAACAAGGUGCCUGAGCACUCCAACCUAGGGCCGUAUUUCCAGGACGGCCAGAGGCGCAUCGAUUACAUCCUGACCUACCAUGUAGACAAACUACAGCGCACUCGCCACCACUCCUCUAGCACCUUCAAGAGCCUGAAAGACAGCCUGAGCUGCGUUGGGAGACGCAACAGGGCCAACUCUACCCAUCACGACCCCGAGAGCGCCAGUAAUGCGCAUAUCCACAGAGAGGAGUUUGAACAGAAGCUUAUAGACAUGGGACUUGAGCUGGAGAAGGAGGAAGAUGCUAAAAUUCCCGAUGUGGGCUUUCUGAAGAUCCAUGCACCCUGGCAAGUUCUCUGUCGAGAAGCAGAGUUCAUGAAGCUCAAGAUGCCCACCAAAAAAAAAUAUCAAGUCAGUCAAGGAAGUAAUGGAAUACGUGCAGUGAACGCGUUUAUCCAAAGGUUGUCUGCACCACUGACUCCCAAAGUCGAGGAGAAGUCCCCCCAGAAUGAGAAGCACAUCUGUUAUCCAUUCUCCAGGGAAAAACAGCACUUGUUUGAUCUCUCAGAUAGAGAUUCCUUCUUCGACAGUAAAAUUCGUGCCUCAAUCGUGUGCGAGAUCAUAAAACGAAUAAAGUGCAUAGGAGUGAAAGAUAUCAUGGGCAUUAACACGCUCAUUGCUCAUGGAGUUUACACAUCAGCCUACCCCCUACAUGAUGGCGACAUUGAGGGUGUUGAGGCUGAACCAAAUGAUAGAAAGGUGUUAUACGAGCAGUGGGCGAGAUACAGCCUCUUCUACAAGUACCAGCCCAUCGGACUGAUCAGGAAGUAUUUUGGAGAGAAAAUUGGUUUGUACUUUGCCUGGUUGGGUGUGUACACUCAGAUGCUGAUCCCAGCAGCAGUCAUCGGUGUCAUCGUCUUCUUGUAUGGCUGUGUCACUGUGGAUUCCGACAUCCCCAGUAUGGAGAUCUGUGAUGAAAGGAACAACAUCACCAUGUGCCCGCUGUGCGAUCGUGCAUGCAGCUACUGGAAGCUCGUCGAAGCCUGCGGCACUGCCAGGGCCAGCCACCUGUUCGACAAUGCGGCCACCGUCUUCUUCUCCAUCUUUAUGGCGCUCUGGGCCACAAUGUUCAUGGAGCAUUGGAAGAGGAGACAGAUGAGGCUUAAUUACAUCUGGGACCUGACAGGCUUUGACGAGGAGGAGAGCCAACCGCGGCCAGAGUACGAGUUCCAAGUCAGGCAGAAGAGGCUGAAGAAAGAAAAGAGUAGUGGUGAAGGUCUAAAGCAUGGAAAACACAAGCUGACAUGCAGGGACAGGAUGCCAGCUUACAUGACCAUCCUUAUCAUGAUGCUCUUCAUGAUUUGCGUGACCUUCAGCAUCGUAUUUGGAGUGAUCCUGUACAGGAUUUCUAUCAAGACAGCGCUACACAUGAGUUCCUCUUCCCCCUUUCGUUCAAACAUUCGGGCCACGGUGAAAACCACAGCGGCUCUCAUCAACCUCAUCAUCAUCAUCAUCAUGGACGAGAUCUAUGGAAUGGUGGCACGUUGGCUCACGGUUCUGGAGGUGCCAAAAACAGACAAAAGCUUUGAGGAGAGGCUGAUUUUCAAGGCUUUCGUCCUGAAGUUUGCCAACGCCUUCACUCCGAUUGUCUACCUGGCUUUCUUCAGAGGCAGGCUCAUUGGCCGGCCAGGCAACUAUUUCUACGUUGUUGGGAAUUACCGAAUGGAGGAGUGUGCUCACGCUGGCUGCCUGAUGGAGCUGUGUAUUCAGCUGUGCAUCACCAUGCUUGGCAAGCAGCUUAUCCAGAACAAUCUGUUUGAGAUUGGCAUUCCUAAACUGAAGAAACUGCUUCGCCGCCGUAAGUCAAAGAGAGACAGUAAACAAGAAGAGGAGUUUCACAAAGCCCUAGCCCGACAUGAGAAAGACCACUUCCUCAACCCCUAUGUUGGCCUUAAUCCAGAGUAUAUGGAGAUGAUGGUCCAGUUUGGAAUGGUGACCUUGUUUGUGGCCUCCUUUCCUCUGGCUCCUCUGUUUGCGCUCCUGAACAAUGUUAUUGAGAUCCGCCUCGACGCCAAGAAAUUUGUCACCGAGUACAGACGGCCCAUUGCUGCUAAGGCUAAAGAUAUUGGCAUCUGGUACAACCUUCUGAGAGGACUGAGCAAAGUGGCAGUCAUAGUGAAUGCAUUUGUGAUCUCCUUCACAUCGGAUUUCAUCCCCCGACUUGUUUAUCAGUACGUGUACAGUCCUGACGGAACGUUGCACGGCUUCGUCAACCACUCCCUCUCUUAUUUCAACGUCACCGACUUUGAGCCAAACACAGACCCAGUGGAGCCGAUGUUCCUGGGCUACAAAGUGGAGGUUUGCAGGUAUAAGGAUUACAGAGAUUCCCCAUGGUCAGAUACCCCAUAUGAACUGUCAAGAGAAUUCUGGAAUAUUCUGGCAGCACGGCUGGCGUUUGUCAUCAUCUUUCAGAAUGUGGUGAUGCUAAUGAGUGACUUUGUGGACUGGCUAAUCCCUGACAUCCCCAAAGACAUCAGCUUGCAAAUCCAUAAGGAGAAGAACCUGAUUGUGGAGCUCUUUAUGAAGGAGGAACAGGGAAAGAGGCUUAUGGGCAAGCGAAAGAGCAACCCCAGUCCCCAGCCACGCUCUCGAACACCUUUGCAUGUACAAGUCAAUAACCACUAGUCCAUGUGCCCAAGUGGGGAAGAAUACACCUAUCCCUACAGCACAUCAGAAGUUCGUACGACUCGAGAUGAGCCAGCUUGUGUGAAAGUAUGACGGUUACAAUGGUUUAAGCUGAAAUGGUACAUUAGACGUGCAGCUCGCUGACUGGAGCCAGAGGCAGGCACAGAGACUGCCUGAUUAUGAUCACAAGAGAUGCCCUAGACUGCCAUAUACCUUGCAGCUUAGCUUUUCUUUUUGCCUAGGUUACUUUGUAACAAGUAAACAAAUUGCAGAGACAUUUUUUGUUGUUGUUUUUUAUCAAUAUGCAAAUUGUGAAGGUUUUUACUAAUUUACUGUUUGUGUGUCACAAGAAAAAAUUCUCUGUAGUCAUUGUUGAUGUUUGUCUCACUUUUUUCAGUGCUUUUAUACUGAUUUUAUUUAAACCACACCUCAACAAAUAUCCAAGUUUUUUUGUUUUUUUUUUAAAGAUACUCUAAGAAAAAUUAUCAUGUCCUAAUUAUGACAUUCAGAGUUGUUCACAAUUGUUUAAUAUUUUCAUAAUAAAUGUUUCAUAAAGUCUAACACCAUUAUGUGCAAGGUCAUGCUUGGUAAAGCAACAGUUCUCAAAAAUUGAAUGGUAAUUAAACCUGCACCUUUUGUGUUUGCUAGCAAAUGAAAAUUAUAGUGUUACUGCUGAGAAAUAAAGAAUUCUGUCCCCUUAACAUUUACUGUAAAACAUAACUGACUGAUUCUGUGUAACAGGAAUAAAUAAUCAACUUGCAUAUUUGAUAGCAAACUUGAAAUAUUAUAUAAAAGGCUGCAGUGCAUUACUGUACUCCUGAUUACUCUGCCAUAGUACAGUAAGAGAAAAUUGUUAUUUUCUUCAUGUCUUGGUCUUUUUAAUACAUUUCAGUAGAAACAUACGUAAUCUAGACUACAUGGCAUUAAAACAAAUAAUUAGGUGCUUUCAUUAGGUGCAUGAAUGUUUUUGUACUUCUGAAAAUAUGUCUGCUGUCUUAUAAUACGUAUAUUAUGUAUAAUUAUGAAGUUUUUUUUUGUGGUAGAACAUAGUGGACACAAUAUCUGCAGCUCAAGAGGCCUUAACAAUGCGAAAUGUAUGUUGCUUUUUAAAAAUUAUUUUACUUUUUACUUAGUUUGUCUGACUGGGUGGGAUCAAAUCAUAAGUGGUUUGAUUCAGAGGUGUUUACUGAUGGUCUACUCAUUACUGUGAUAUAUAUAUAUAUAUAUAUAUAUAUAUAUAUAUAUAUAUAUAUAUAUAUAUAUAUAUAUAUAUAUAUAUAUAUAUAAUAUGUAUACCUGUUUAAAGUAUCAUCUCCUGUCCUGACAUGUUAAUAUUGCAUGUGCAUUGCUAUGUCUUGUAAAACUCGCACUUAUACACUUGUAUUCAAAUUUUACACAAUUUUCAUUUGAGGUCAUGUCAGUAAAAUUAGCAUAUUCUGCCUUUUAUCAAAAUUGAAAGAAUGAAUUCCUCCAAAAUUCUGACCUCUUGCUCAACAUAUCUUUUUGAUUUCUCCUGACUUUCUCAGUGACUGAGAAAUUAUAUAAUUAUAUUAUAUAAACUAUAUACAGUUUUAAGGACUGUCACUUUACAAAUAUGAUGUACUGUUUAUCCACCAUAGAUACUCCUCUGAGAGAAAGUACUUAUUGAUGUCUAUAAAACUCAUUUAAUGUUUAAAACUUAUUGAAAAUGAUAACGGCAACAGUGCAAAUCUGUCACAAUCAAAUAAACUUGCUCUAAGCACACGGAAUUGUAUUUGUAUUUUUUUGUAUUUUUGAAUUUUGUUCAAAGAAUUAAAAGGUUCUGAUGUAA